AUGGAAAAGAAACUUAAAAAGCUGCUUCAGAAUGCGACACGAGUUGCACCAAAAAUCUCCAAGAAAGGUGAACUUUUCGAGCUCAGAAAUGGUCUAGUCUCUCCAUACCCUCAAACUCGUAAAGAUGCCAUAAAGAAGACAAUCCAGCAAAUGACGCUAGGAAAAGAUGUCUCGUCGCUAUUCCCCGACAUCCUCAAAAACAUUGCUGCGUCUGAUGUAGAACAGAAGAAAUUGGUAUACCUAUACGUGAUGAACUACGCAGAAACGCAUCCUGAACUGUGCAUUUUGGCUGUUAACACAUUUGUGAGCGACGCACAAGAUAGUAACCCACUGGUUCGAUGUAUGGCUAUUAGAACAAUGUCAAUGAUCAGAGUGGACAAAAUUCUGGAGUAUGUGGAAAUUCCUCUGCGAAAAACGCUACAAGACGACAAUCCAUAUGUUCGUAAAACGGCCGUGAUAUGCGUUGCAAAGCUAUUUGCGCUGAAUAAGGAGCUAUGCCAGGAACUGGGCGUUCUAGAAGAUCUUGUUUCCGCUUUAGAGGACUCCAAUCCGAUGGUUGUGGCUAACACAAUAGCAGCGCUCUCGGAUAUAUAUGAAGCAGACCCCACGGUUGUUCCACUGCCGCUUCUCAUUCAAAAACACGUUUCCCAGUUUCUGCUCGCCCUAAAUGAGUGCACCGAAUGGGCGAGAAUAAUUAUUUUAGGUGCAUUGGCUGAGUACAGCGCCCGAGAUGCACUCGAGGCGGAACAGAUCAUAGAUAGAGUCACACCACACUUACAACAUGUCAACGCGGCCGUCGUAUUGGCGACGGUUAAAGUGGUUAUCAAAAAUCUGCCUUUAAUUCAGGUCAACUCGGAGUCAGCCAUUUUCUCCAAAAUUUCCUCUGCACUGGUAUCUUUGAUGUCAACACCGCCAGAAAUGCAAUAUGUUGCGCUGCGCAACAUUAGAAUCAUUCUACAAAAAUAUCCACAACUAUUAACGCGGGAACUACGUAUUUUUUACGUGAAGUUCAACGAUCCCCUCUACCUCAAACUAGAAAAGAUUGACAUAUUGGUAAGGCUGGUGGAUCCUUCAAAUUUGAAACAGUGUACGCUUUUGCUCGCAGAGCUGAAGGAAUACGCAUUAGAAUUCGAGCCUGAGUUUGUUGCACGGGCGAUCAUUGCUUUAUCGCAGUUGGGUGUCAAAUACUCAGAGAUCAAAUUUGUUCGCAAAGUGCUAGAUAUUUUGGUUGAACUAUGCAAAACGCGCGAUUCAUUCCAAGACGAUUGUCUAGUGGCGAUGUGUAACUUGCUCAGACACGCGGGUACUGGCGAAGAAGAAAUGAUCACACAGGUGUGCUCGUUGGCGCAAGUUUGGGGGUCGGUAGAGUCGGUACUACAGACAGACUAUGCCAAGUGCAAUUACAUAUGGCUGAUUGGACAGUUCCCAGGGCAGUUCGAUAAUCUUCAGCGAAAAAUCCAGACUCUUCUGGAUUCUUUUACUCAGGAGGAAAGCUUAACUCAAAUGUCUCUUUUGAUUUGUGUUGUUAAACUGCAUACUAUGCUUCCGGGCUCAAUUCUUCAAGAACUGUUGAACUUGGCAACUACGAGUACGAAUGAAGUUGAUGUAAGGGAUAUGGCUAUUAUGUACUGGAGAUGCUUGUCCCUCGAAGGUUCGAACGACGACCUGAUCAACCAGUUGUGCAACUCUACACUGCCUGAAAUUUCGAACACUUUGGACACUUUUUCGCCUUCGUUACUGGAGACUUUGUUGCGGGAGUUAUCGCUACUAAGUUCAAUCUAUUACAGACCAGUAGCGACGAUGACCAAAUUCAAUGCCCAUAAAUCCAAUCAUGUGAAGGGCAAACAGCUGGACGAGCUGAAGUUCAUGGCAAGGGACGAGAUUAUCAGGAACAUGAAUGAGGACAAUUUACUGGAUUUUGAAGACGAUUCGAAUUCUGCAAUCAAUGUUGGCGCAACGAAUGGUUCCACGCUCAACGAUCUAAACGAUCUUUUUGACUUUGCUACUGAACCUAUUCAGGAGCAGUCGAAAUCAGAGCAGCCUCUUGAGGAAUCGCUACAUGAUCUCACGUUGAACAGAACCGACCAAUCGCAUUCUAAUGUAAACCCCAAUAAAAGCCGUGAACUACUAGACUUGUUUUGA